AUGCCGGGUGGGGGAGGUCUUUCAUUUUUCCUUUCAUUCUUUUUUCUUUCAUUCUUUUUUCUUUCAUUCUUUUUUCUUUCAUUAAUUCUUUUUUAUGUUAACCUUUAUUCUAUCUUUUUCUUUUUUGUCUUUCUCUUUUCCAAAAUCUAUCUAUCUAUCUAUCUAUCUAUCUAUCUAUCUAUCUAUCUAUCUAUCUAUCUAUCCCACCCUGUUCAUAUCUAUCUAUCUAUCUAUCUAUCUAUCUAUCUAUCUAUCUAUCUAUGUUUGUAUUUAUCUCAGGGCCUUUUUAUCUAUCAAUUUCUAGGAAUAUCUUUUUGCCAAGAAUCUUUCACUUUCUCACUUUUUCUAUCUCUCUCUUUGCAUCUAUCUAUCUAUCUAUCUUUCUAUCUAUCUAUCUAUCUUUCUAUCUAUCUAUCUAUCUAUCUAUCUAUCUAUCUAUCUAUCUUAGUCUGUUCAUUAUCUAUCUAUCUAUCUAUCUAUCUAUCUAUCUAUCUAUCUAUCUAUCUCAGUCUGAACAUUAUUGAUCUAUCUAUAUCUAUCUAUCUAUCUAAAUUAGUCUUUUCUAUCUUUCUAUCUAUUUAUCUAUCUAUCUUAUCUGGUACAUCUAUCUACAUACCUACCUAUUCAUCUAUCUAUCUAUCUAUCUAUCUAUCUAAUCCUGUUUUCAUAUCUAUCAGUCUUUUUUCUAUCUAUCUAUCUAUCUAUCUAUCUAUCUAUCUCAGUCUGAACAUUAUCUAUCUAUCUAUCUAUCUAUCUAUCUAUCUAUCUAUCUAUCUAUCUAUCUCAGUCUUUUCUAUCUAUCUAUCUAUCUAUCUAUCUAUCUAUCUAUCUAUCUCAGUCUUUUCUAUCUAUCUAUCUAUCUAUCUAUCUAUCUAUCUAUCUAUCUAUCUAUCUAUCUUUUGCUUCCCCUCUAUCUCUUCCCCCUCUCUCUUCCCCCUCUCUCUCCUCUUUCCUCCUUUCUGUCUAUCUAUCAUUUUAUAG